CCUCCGUCUGCAGGCCAGAUGAUUGGCAGCUUAUCCAGAGAGAGACAGACGGGUCCCCGUCUCCCUCCCAGGACCAUGGCGGUCGCCGCGACGAUGGGAAACGGCAGCAUCUCGUCCGACGGCGGCCUCCCCCUCUACCUGCUGACCUUCAACGGCUCCUGCGACUCCAACGAGUCUUUAUUCAACGAGUCCCUCUUCAACAAGACGCUCUUCAACAACACGGCGGACGCAGCCGGCUCGUCCGGUGCCGACGUGGCCGGCGUGGCGAUCUCGCUCAUCUACAUCGUGGUGUGCGUGAUCGGUCUGGGCGGGAACACGCUGGUCAUCCACAUCGUGCUGCACUACUCCAAGACGGAGUCGGUCACCAACAUCUACAUCCUGAACCUGGCCAUCGCCGACGAGCUCUUCAUGCUGGGUCUGCCCUUCCUGGCCGCGCAGAACACGCUGCAGUCCUGGCCCUUCGGCUCCUUCAUGUGCCGCCUGGUCAUGACCGUGGACUCCAUCAACCAGUUCACCAGCAUCUUCUGCCUGACCGUGAUGAGCAUCGACCGCUACCUGGCCGUGGUGCACCCCAUCUACUCCUCCCGGUGGCGGCGGCCCCGCGUGGCCAAGGCGGUGAACGUCACGGUGUGGGCGCUGUCCUUCAUCGUGGUGCUCCCCGUGGUCAUCUUCGCCAACGUCGAGCAGGAGGGCGGCACCUGCAACAUCGCCUGGCCGCAGCCCGCCGAGAUCUGGCGGGCUGGCUUCAUCGUCUACACCUCCGCCGUGGGCUUCUUCUGCCCGCUGCUCAUCAUCUGCCUCUGCUACCUGCUCAUCGUCUUCAAGAUCCGCAGCUCGGGCAAGAAGGUGCACGCCACCUCCAGCAAGCGCAAGAAGUCGGAGCGCAAGGUGACGCGCAUGGUGGUGAUCGUGGUGGCGGUGUUCGUGUUCUGCUGGCUGCCCUUCUACGCGCUGAACAUCAUCAACCUGCUGGUGGUGCUGCCCUCGGAGUACCAGGGCCUGUACUACUUUGUGGUGGUGCUGGGCUACGCCAACAGCUGCGCCAACCCCAUCGUCUACGGCUUCCUGUCCGACAACUUCAAGCGGGGCUUCCGCAAGGCCCUCUGCCGCACCACCCGCAAGGUGGAGAGCCACGAGCCACUGCCGGGCGGAGGGCUCCUGCAGCAGCAGCAGCAGCAGCUGCAGGAGGAGCAGAGGAGGGUGCUGAUGCCACGGGAGAGCCUGCGCAGGGUGAUCCGGGAUGAGGGGGAGGAGGAGGACGACGACUGUGAGGAGAACAUCACGCAGAUGAGCGAGGUCUACAGGAUCUCCCAGGACGGCAACGGCUGCCUGCCGCCGCAGAGCUGCAAGACACUGGUCCCUGAGAAGGCGUCGGGGCCCGAGGCAUCGCCUCCGAGGGCGAACGACAGGGCUGGGGGUCCCAGUAGGAAGGACCAGUCUGGGGGGCCCAGUAGGAAGGACCAGUCUGGGGGGCCCAGUAGGAAGGACCAGUCUGGGGUUCCCAGUAGGAAGGAACAGGACCUUCUGAAUGGCACCAAAAAUGGAAGUGUGAAAACUCUGCCAGAAGAACCAGUGGACAGCAACCCUUCUCUGGAGAUCAGCUACCUCUAACGGGAACAGAAGCGGCUUUAGAAACGCUUAUUUUCUGACUUCACAGAAGUUAAUCACGAGAACAGACUGUUUGUGCGCCUGUACUUGGACAAAAGGAAGAAAAAUAAACUGAACCGACUAUUUGUGAGUUUUCAGGGUUGAGCUCGC